AUGAACAUUCCGACACGACGAUCUACGUCAAGAAUCUCAACUGGAAGACGACGGAAGAGGCGGUUCGCAGGUUCUUCAAUUCGGUGCCGGAACUCAAAUUUACUACGUUACUUCAAAAGAAAAAACCCUCAGGAAUAUUGUGAAAUCUCCUUUAUUGAGGUCGACAUCGCCUGCUUCACCGAGCAAGUUCCAGGUACAGUCUCCCCUGCUGAAGAAGUCCACGCCGGCUUCUCCCGCGGCGUCCGCUUCGGCGGCGCCGGCAGCAGGUGGCUGUGCAAACGGAAACUGAUCUUCGUCUGCUCCGAAGAGACCGUCGAUCGCGAAGAGUGAGAGAAACUCUUUGAUCGUGUCUGUUCUGAGUAUGAUUAUCAGUAUUCCUGCCCUGCUUGGUGCUUGAUGUUGGCCGGCCUUGGUUGUGGUGCUGAUCGGCGGAACCGUAUCCGCCUCGGCUCGUGCAACAGGCCACUACAUUUCUUUUGGCAUGACUUUUGUGAUGAUGUUAGGAUUGAGUUGGUACAUCUACGAGCAUCGUAGAAAACAGAACAUUGCCGAUAAGUGGAAGAAGUGGGGUCCUUUCGUAUUGAUCGUGAUCGCCUCUUUGCUAGUCUGCGCCGAUCCUUUCCGCCACGUCCUGCAGGACUUGGAGUGGUGGGAGGCUCCUGGCUCUAGCGAAUACCGUCAGACUUGCCACAUUGAGAACUUCCACUGCCUGUCGCCUUUGGGCUGGUUCAUGACCAUUCUGAUGACCUACGUGGGCUUCACGAUUCUGAUCGUGGCUGCGUUGUGGAACGCGAAUAUCAUGGACAAAUGCGGAGCGAUUAAGCAGCAGUGGCGCGAGUACCGUGGCAAGAACAGCGACAACAGCAGCAAGUAGAGGGGAGGGUCUGCAUGAAUCGGGUUCGGUCGCUAGUGAGUAAGGAGGGCGCACUGUGCAGUCAUGCCCUGCAUGGUGUGUUCUCGAGGUCCACGCUGGGGCCGAGCGCGGAUUGCGACUGUGGGAAGCGACAUGCUUGUUGACAUGAUGCGCCAGUCCGUAAACCUUAGGGGGCUGGUGUUGAACUAACGAGAUGGCGCUGAACAUGGAAGCUCUACUCACGGGGCUCAGAUCGAGCCAGGUUCAUGUGACGGUUUUAAUAAGUGCGAUUUGAUCGUCUUUU